AUGCAUAUAUACUCAAAAACCCUACACAACAGCCGCCAUCUCAUGGCCUCCUUUUCAAGAAAAACCCCAUGGAAGAACCACCUCUUCUCGAUCCUCUUUCUCGCAAUCCUCCUGGUUGUUCCCACCUUCUCCACCAGUCGCCGGGAAACUAUUACAAUGUCACCGGACCAAAUUAGAAGAAAAAACGACGCCGUGGGCUCCAACUAUCGGCUCAGAAUAGUCUUCAGUAUGCUGCCUAAAGGACAACCUGUGUCACCUUCUGCUCCUUCAAAGCGACACAACUCGGUGAUCGGUUCUACGCCUCAAGAUUGA